UACAGGCACGCCUCCUCGUCCUCGAGACGCUUCGUGGUCGUUAAGGACCGAAACAAACUGUCCACAGUGAUGUCCUCAGCCAGGGAAGACACGUUGUCCCCGGAUGAGCUGAGGAAAAGACUCUAUCAGACUUUUAGAAGUAACGGAGUGCUGGAUACCCUCAAAACCCAGCUCAGGAAUCAGCUCAUCCAGGAGCUGAGACAUCCACCUCUGACUGGAGGACAGCCAGUUCCCAGACAGGUGCCCGUGAAGUCUGAACCCCAUUUGGUCUCAGCGUGUAACAGCAUAGUGGCCGAUCAUCUCCGCAGCUCUGGAUAUGAGUACAGCCUUUCUGUAUUCCACCCCGAGAGCGGCCUGUGCAAAGACAAGGUUUCCACAAAAGGAGAACUUCUUCAGCUCCUUAAAAUGAGUCCUGAAUCAGCCCUGUACAGAUCUCUGUCUUCAAACAAAGACGAUAAAGGGUUCCUGAUUAACCUUCUCUCACAGCUAACACGUCAUUCUACUCGAGGCUGGUGCAAUGAUGCUGACACUCAGACAACCGGCAUAGCAAGUUACGGAGAAUCUCUGGUUGACAAGAUGAAAAUGAUCGAUAAGGAAUAUGAGAGCUUCAGUCUCAGCGGCGACAGAACGUUUUCCUUCCAAUCUAAACUGGCUGCGUAUAGAAAAGAAAUUGAGGCACAGGUGCAAGCAGAAAUGAACACAAAGAUGCAACACUUUAAAGAUGUUGAAGUUGCCAAGGUGAGGAUGGAAGAAAAAGGGAAAUUUCAUAAAGAAUUUGAUAAACUGAAGCAAGAGCUGGAGAGGACUUAUGAAAUGAAGGCGAAGGCGUUGAUGGACCGGGAGAAAAAUGCCAUUGAGCGGUUACAAAAGCAGCAAGAGAUUGAAGAAAAAAACGUGUACAUGCAGAGACAGUCGGUCCUGAAAGAAAUCGAAACUCUGCGCAACAGAGAAACUGAACUGAGGAUGAGAAUGGAGGCUUUUGAAAAGACUUGUCAAAUUCACGAGGAGAAGAUCAAAACCACUGGAGAGCUGCUGAGGAGGAGAGAACUGGCAGUGAAGACUCUGGAGGACACGUACGACCAAAGGCUGAAGAACGAACUUUCAAGUUAUCAGCUCGAGUUAAAAGAGGAAUUCAUCAAGAGGACAGAAAGACUUACCGAGAACGAGAACAGAAACAAAAUGGAAACCGCUCGCAUCCAAAAGGAAGCAGCUGUGAUUGAUGCCAAAUUAGAGGAGCACAUUAGAGCGUGCUCAGAGCUGAGACGGCUGCAGGUUGAGCUCGACACAGCACAGCAGCAGAUUUCUCUGCUGACUCAGCAGAAGGAUCUUUUGAGAGAGAGACUGGAGACUGUGAGCGACUACGCCAGCUUGAAAAGCGAGAAAACAGAGCUGCAGGGCCAGCUGCGGCUUCUAAAGAAACAUCUGGAGGAGGCCCAAGAGGAGAAACGGCUUCUCCGCGCAGAUUUGGGCAAGCCGUCCAAAGAGCAGCUGGUCUUGCAGAUGGAGCUACAGAGGCUGCAGAAUGCUCGCAGGCUGGACGAGGAAGAGUUUGACAACCAGAAACAGGUGCUGCAGGCACAGCUCCAGAGUGAGGUGGAGCGGUGCGCUCAGCUCAGCGCCCAGAUGAUAGAGUGCGAGGAGAAAUCCCAGUGGAUGACUAACCACAUGGAGGACAUUAAGACGCAGCUUCGCCAAACUCAACAAGCUCUUGAAAAUGAAGUGCUGCGUAACCCCAAGCCCUCUCUUGUUGACCGCUCCGCUCUGGAGCUGAGUGCUGACAAGCUGGUUCCUCCCGACAUCUAUAUGGACCGAGCUCUGCUGAGAUCCAGGGUGGGUUAUGAUGAUGUUUGUGAAGCAGGUGGGCCCGUGCGAGGACACAAGUUGCCGCCUUGGAGCGACUCACCAGAUUCCGACAUGGAGCUGGUGGCUGAAGCCAAGGCUCGUAUCCAGGAGCUGCAGAAGGAGGCCGAGACCUUGGAGGAAGCCUACAGGAACUACCAGCAGAGGGCGGUGCUCUCCACCAUCUCGCACAUGCUUCCCCCGAGACCUCUCUCCCCGCAAGGAGCACAUCUUUCACACCGUCCUGACUCUCCUCGAAGGAGACAAAUCUCUCACCAUUCACACACCCCCCACUCACCCCACAAAUCAAAGCGCUCACACAGACCGCUGUCUCCGCAAAAUACCAGAACCUCCUCCUCGGCACCGUAUAACACCAGAAACACCGUGCCACCUGCACAACAGAGAGUGACCUUUUCAGAAAACCGUAUUCAACCCCAGUCCACAGAUUUCACUGACCACAGUCUUCAUUCAUUGACUGAAUCUCCAUCUCUGAGAGAUAGACGCCCUCAGGAUAGAAGCAAUGGUUCUCCGUCCAGACAUCUGCUCUCCACACCACACUCUUCCUCCAGGAAAACCCUUCAAAGAGAGAUUUCAGAAGAAGCAGUUGCAUCUCCGAUGACAUUCCCGGAGCUGUCGUUUGACAGACGGCUUCCUCAUGUCCCCCACGACAAGGUGGAGACCUUAGGUGACUUCUCCCCUGAGCUCAGUCCACCGCAGAGCCCUCAGCUCAAGAGCACAGCACGAGACCAAACCAGUCCACCGAAGCUUCAGCCUGUCAUCUCCAGCUUGGAGUCUUCCCCAGAGCCAGAGAAAAUAAGCCUUGAAGAUCUCACAGGGAUUUUACCAGAGCCCAACCACAUUCCAGAGCUUCUCCUGGACACUGCUGUCCCUCUCUCUGCGGAGGCCCCUGACGGCCCCGCUGUCCCCCGCCCACCGGACCUCCCAGAAGACCCGGUGGACUUGCAGGGCCAAGCGGAAGUCCUGCAAACCUCUGCUAGGGAAGAGGAUGAUGAGGAUGAGGAGCAGAGGUGGGAAAGAGAGCGAACGGAAAGGCUCGAACGAAGGCAAAGGGAACAGGAGGAAGCCAGAGAGAGGGAGCUGCAAGAACUUGAAAGAUUGGAGAAUGAGAUGCUUUUGCAAGAUGUGGAGCAACCUGGACAGGAGGAGGAAAAGGAAGAAGAAGAAACUGAAAUUAAGAAAGGAGAAGAUGAAGAACAGAAGCAAGAGACGGAUAAUGGCAGGGAGGAGUCUAAAGGUGAAAAUCCAUUGGAGAAAUACAUGAAGAUGGUGCUGGAGGCGAGAGAGAAGCAGCAUGCACAGAGUCCCGGAAGAGAAGAAGCAGGACAUACGAGCCCAGAGGCCAAGAGCUUGUCUGAGGAGAAAGACAACAGCAUCGCAGCGUAUUCCCCCAAGGAUGAAGAUGAUGAUUUCUGGUGAAGCUGUACGUCCCAGAGUGCUGAUGAAUUAUAUAAACCCUCUGGGCUCUUACCGUUUUUAAGUGUGAAGUUUAUUUUUUAUGUAUAUUUGAUACAUCAAAUGCGUAUGUAUUAAUAAACCAUGAUUGUUUUAUUCUUUUGGAUUACCACAACCACAUGAGAUGUCCCGAUCAUGCAAAAGAUAAAAAAACAACAACACCACAACCGAGAGAAGUUUGUCUCAUUUUAUUAUUCAUUUUCAUAAAAACAGUUGAGUAAUGUCAUAAAGGGGUUUCCAGUCAGACAGGAUGCUGGAUUGUUGUCCUCCUGGUGAUUGAUAGGCAGCCUUUAUUCUUUAGUUUUUGGUUCGUUCAACAGGAAACACGGCGUACAGAGAUGAGCUUCAUGCACACCUUUUCAUCUUUCUCCUUGGUCGCUGUGCACCUGUGGCUAUUAGUCCUGCACUAAGCAGGUGUUGUACUACAAGAUCUCACACAUACCGUGUAAAACACUGGGCAGGGUCACAAUGGCAUUCACACUUUGGCUAGAUUUACCAUUUAGAUUGCCGUACAAUUUUUAUAAAUGACUGGUGUUGCAACUGAUUGUUAUUUGAGAGUUGAAUUAAAAGUUAAGCAUCAGUAAUUCACGUGGAAGCCCUUUGACAUUCAUAGAAAAUACAGGUAUACUAUCAAGCAACAAAAUAAUAUAAGACUCAUACAUUUGACUUGAAUAAAAGAACCUAAAAAAACAACUAUAACUAUCAGCUACAUAAAUGGAUUAAUUCAUAUUCAGUUAGAAAAAAAAAAGGAAACAGGCAAACACUGCCUACUACUGAUGUCAGUAUACAUGACUGCACAUCACGUGUGUCACCGCAGAAACAGUUUUUCUUCAUGCAACAAAGAAACAUCAAGUUAUCCCUGUAACUCAACUAAUAGAAAUAGAAGAUUACAUGAGUAAUUAUGUCAGCAUUAUGACAAUUGCACAUCAAAAAGCGGUGCAAUUAUAGAAAAUAAGGAAGGGGGGGGGCAGGAGAGUGGUUUUAUCUUAACAAAACACUAAAAAAAUUUCACAAGUUUACAUUUUUCACACUCGAAGUUCUUUAAAUCUGUAGGAUUUGCCGUAGUACCAUUGCACAUGGGAUGUAAUUACGCCUGUUUUAUGAGGAGAGAUUUAAAAAUCGAGUAAAUUUGGAUCAUAAAUUACACUAUGAUCAAUUUUACAAUAGACAAUGGGCUAAAAAAGCAUGUAUGAUGGAUCAGAGAGCUCUCUUUGUUGGCGAGCUUUAUCCAUUUGGAUAAACAAAUCCGCACCGACCAAACUUUAAAGAUAUUAAAUACAUACUGAAUAUCCUCCGGUCUCAUUAUUGGCAGCAGUUCACAUUUAGCAAGUUGUUCUUAUGGCGUUAUGCAUACAAAUGAAAUCCUAUGAUACUGUGACAUAGAGGAGCUCCUGAUGUGCUGCUACCAUAACAUCCUGUGUGUCUGAGGGAGGUUGUUUGAUCUAAUUAAAUUGUUCUAUAGGCUCUAGUGCACAUCUGAGGUAGUGUUAAUGUAGGCCAUGAAUGUUCUGAGUAACUUUUCAGUAGCUGUACAUUGAAAAUUAGAAUCUAGAACCAAUUAUUAACACUUCGAUCAUCACUAGGAUUAAGAUGCAGUUAAAUACUUUUCCUUACUUGCUAAUUUAAAAAGCAAAAAACAUCUUGUGACACGCCCAGAGUCUUAUAUCAGACUAUCAUAUAAUUGAUGCCAUCUGGAAAGUGGCACAUGGACUCAUAUUAGAUGUAAGGCUUUUCCGUGUUGUGUAAUAAUUCAUCUGCAGAUUUUGAUUGAAAAAA